CACGGACCGUCGACUGCAUCCAUGCUGCGCAACGCGAGCACCAUCGGCGACGGCGUACUCCUCAUCGCCGCGCUCUGCUUCCACUCCGUCUUCGAAGGCAUCGCCAUUGGAGUCGCCGCAGAGACGGAAGCCGACGCGUGGAAGGCGCUGUGGACCAUCAGCCUGCACAAGAUCUUCGCCGCGAUCGCCAUGGGCAUCGCGCUGCUCCGGAUGCUCCCCGAUCGCCCCCUCCUCUCCUGCUUCGGCUACGCCUUCGCCUUCGCCGUCUCCAGCCCCAUCGGCGUCGGCGUCGGCAUACUCGUCGACGCCACCACGGAGGGCCGGGUGGCCGACUGGAUCUAUGCCAUCUCCAUGGGCCUCGCCACGGGCAUCUUUGUCUACGUCUCCAUCAACCACCUCCUCGCCAAGGGGUACAUGCUACAGAGGCCCGUCGCCGCCGACACGCCCGUCGGCCGGUGGCUCUCCGUCGUGCUUGGCGUCGGUGUCAUCGCAGUCGUCAUGAUAUGGAACGCCUGAUCCUGAAUUCGUGAUUCAUGAGAACUAGAAGCAUUUAGCUAUGGAUGUAAGCCUAUUGUGCUGCUAUAAGUUUCUGCUAGUUGGACACCAGAUUUGCAGUACCAGCUGAUCAAAUGAAGCAGCUAAUGACAGAUAAACAUAAGCACUAAAUCCCUGGUUGUUUCAAUACGCAUUUAGUGUGUGUGUAUAUAUAUAUAUCAACCUGUAUUCUUUCCUUAAUCCCCUGGAUAAUACUGUAUUUUGCUGUGUUUCGUUAAUACUCCACCAUCAACCAAGCAUGUUAAACAUCCACAAUGCCACACACGACCUACAUGCUUCAUUGGCUUCCUGUGCACAAAUUAUCUGUACAAUGUUGCUUACGUCACUUAUCACUAACAUAGAAAUAUUUUGCUCUCCAGAUUGAUGUGCAUGAUGUAAUAAUUCGAAAUUCGAGAAUACCGUACGUCGUAGUAUCAUUUAUUUGAUCAAAUCCUCAUUUAUGCUUAAAAGUCCUCACAGCAACGCGUGCGAUGUCGUCUAGUUUUUACAAAAGGCCUGAAUUUGUUUUUUUUACCUCACACCAAAAUGUAUUUCAUCAUGAAACUUUACAAAAAGUAGUAUACAUCAAUAUGUAUGUGUGGGACUCCUAAUGUAUUUCAUCAUGGAACUUUACAAACAAGUAGUAUACAUUAAUACUCCCUCUGUCCGGAAUUACUUGUCCACAAAUGGAUAAAAGUGGAUGUAUUUAAAACUAAAAUAUGUGUAGAUACAUCCAUUUCUAUGAUAGGUAUUUCCGGACGGAGGGAAUAUGUCUGUGUGGGCGUGUUCUCUAGAAAUUUUAAAACUAAAAAAAAAAUCUUAGUUUGGAUUUUUUCAAUAUCCGAGCUCCAUGGAGCCUGGGGUCAAAAGAAAUUUCUGAUUUUCGUUCUUUUUUUAAUACUUACAAGACAAAAAUAGUAAACUAAAAAUAAGACAUUAGUAAAAAAAUAUAACUUCGGGAGAACAAGACAAGUGAGA